AUAAUAAUAAUUAUAAUUAAAGAUAGUAUAUUAUUUAGAUUUGGAUUCUUCGGUCAAGAUGGCCCCUUAACAUUCUUUACAAUAUUAUUAGAAUAUAAUAAUAUUAUAGAGUUUAUAUUAUUGAAUUCCACUAUAUGCUGGAAAUUAUUCUUACCAGCCACUUUUACAGAAUAUGUAAAAGUGGCAGGAAAUUUAUUAAUUACUAUUUAUAUAAGACCAUUUAUUAAAAAUAUGGCCAUAAAAGUUAAAAUAUUAAUAAAUUAUAAUAACAAUCAGCAGAAAACCAAAAAUAAAUUUAUUUUUAAUAAAUUUUAUUUAGUAGGAUUCUCAGAGACUAUAUGUGGAAUAUUUAAUUAUAAUAAUAAUAAUAUGAUUAUUAAUAAUAAUACUAAUAUAAAUAUUAAUAUGUCUGGCACUUUUUCAGAUAUAGAAUCUGAAAAAGUGCCUAUAAAUAAUAAUAAUAAUAAUAAUAAUAAUUAUAAUAAUCAUUUUAAUAUAUCUUCUAUAGAUAAUAAAGAUAAAUUUAAUGAAUGAUUAGCUGGUUUAAUUGAUGGAGAUGGAUAUUUUGGAAUUACAAGUAAAAAAUAUCCUAAUUGUGAAAUUACAUUAGAUUUAAAAGAUGAAAAAACCUUAAGACAAAUUCAAAAUAAAUUUGGUGGAUCAAUUAAAUUAAGAAAUGGAAUUAAUGCUAUUAGAUAUAGAUUACAUAAUAAAGAAGGUAUAAUUAAAUUAAUCAAUGCUGUUAAUGGUAACAUUAGAAAUAGUAAAAGAUUAGUUCAAUUUAACCAAGUAUGUAAUUUAUUAAAUAUUAAAGUUAUUCCACCUAUUGAUUUAAAUAUUGAUAAUGCUUGAUUUAUAGGUUUUUUUGAUGCUGAUGGAACAAUUACUUAUUCAUUAAAAAAUAAUAAUCCUCAAUUAACAAUUUCAGUAACUAAUAAAUAUUAUAUAGAUGUAAAAUAUUUUAAAGAUGUAUUAGGAGGUAAUAUUUAUUUUGAUAAAGCUCAAAAUGGUUAUUUUAAAUGAUCAAUUCAAAGUAAAAAAGAUAUUUUAUAUUUUAAAGAUAAUUAUAUAAAAAAUAAUCCUUCAAGAACAAAAAAAAUAAAUAGAUUAUUAUUAAUUAAUACAUAUUAUAAAUUAAAAGAUAUAAAAGCAUAUAAAGAAGAUAUUAAUUCUUGUUUAUAUAAAGCUUGAUUAAAAUUUAAUGAAAAAUGAAAUAAUUAA